UAUUCCUCCCAUGCCACAGCCUACUCAGGGCCCUCUGGUCAUACUGCUUUGAGGUCUGGAAGGAACCCUUAACAUUUAGUCAAUUCAUGGAAGAGAGUUAAGCAAGCAGCCCCCAGAGUGGCACUUCUCAGAUCUCCUUCUACCGACAGCCAUCCCACUGCACCACUGGAACUGGUUGGCUGCUUUUGUUUUUAGUGGGGAGAAGAGACAUUUUAUAAUGAUAAAAGUUAAAAUUCACAAAGAAGUUCUCAACAAUCAUGUACUUAAAGUGACAGCAUAACCGUGAGAUUCAUCAAAUGAAAACUGAGACACAAUGAGAAUUCAGUAAACCAACAGGAGACCGUACUACACUCUCACAAGAUGAACGGAUAAAAUAAGGAGAAAAGGAGACGACUUGAGGAACUGCUUAACAAGUCUAAUGGAAGUAACGCUAUGUAACCAGCAGUGAGAGUAUACAUCAUUUUCAAACAUAUAACCCUUUUAUAAUUUGACUGUAUUCUAGUAAACAAAAUCUCUACAAAUCCUCACAGUAGAAAUUGCAAAGGUCACACAAUGCAUAAGAUAAAAGAUAUUCUAGGGCCGGCACUAUGGCAUAGUAGGCUAAGCCUCCGCCUGCAGCACUAGCAUCCCAUAGGGGCACUGGUUCCUGUCCCGGCUGCUCCUCUUACGAUCCAGCUCUCUGCUAAUGAUCUGGGAAGGCAGUGGAUGUUGGCCCAGGUGCUUGGGCCCCUGCACCCAUGUGGGAGACCCAGAAGAAGCUCCUGGCUCCUGGCUCCUGGCUUCGGAAAUGCCCAGCUCCAGCCGUUGUGGUCACUUGGGGAGUGAACCAAUGGAUGGAAGACCUCUCUCUCUGUCUCUCCCUCUCUCUGUAACUCUACCUCUCAAAUUAGUAAAUGAAGUCUUUUAAAAAAUAAAAAAGAUAUUCCAAACAAAGCUUAAAUCAGGAAAAAGAGAGAAGGUAUAACAUGGGAAACAGAACCAAAGUUCGUAUCCAUUAAGUAUUUUUUUUAAAUUCCUCUAAAUAAAAAAUGAAAUAACAGGCAAGGGAUACAAGCAGGAAAUCCCCAGCAAAAAAUAUGAAAAUAUCCUCAACCCACCUAAAAUGUAAACUCAGGUAUGAUAAUUUUACACAUUAUGUUGACAAACAUUUUAAAGACUGAUAACAGGCCGGCGCUGUGGCUUAACAGGCUAAUCCUCCGCCUUGCGGUGCUGGCACAACGGGUUCUAGUCCCGGUUGGGGUGCCAGAUUCUGUCCCGGUUGCCUCUCUUCCAGGCCAGCUCUCUGCUAUGGCCCGAGAAGGCAGUGGAGGAUGGCCCAAGUCCUUGGGCCCUGCACCCACAUGGGAGACCAGGAGAAGCACCUGGCUCCUGGCUUCGGAUCAGCGCAAUGCGCCGGCCGCAGCGGCCAUUGGAGGGUGAACCAAUGGUCAAGCAUAACACAUCCAGCACGUGGAAAGCAAACAAGAGCCCAGGCAUUCCUGUGCGCAGCCUUUGUGAGAACCAGCCUGGCCCACCUAGGUUAGGGCGCGCUCUGCCCUCUAGUGGCCACAGGGAGGCACAACAUGGCCGGCCUCCCAGGACCUGAAGCUGCUCCAUCAUGCUUGGGAGGGAGAGUACAAGGCUUGAUCCUUGCUGGAGAAAGCUUCUGGAACGCAAAGGCCCAGAGCAAAACUGAAGAGUCUGAUCUGAGGAGAGCGGGCUGUGUGCACAUUCCACAUAUUUUGAGCCCAUCGGAAAGGCAUGGGAAAGGCCUGGGUCCUAGAGAAUCGGCUGAAGACCCAACACCACCCUGCUGGCUUUCCAGCCUGCCUGGUGUCCUGUGGCUGGAGAUGAUUAACAACUGACUAUGCACAGCUGGAGCCUUGCACAGGGGGAAGGACGCUCAGCAAGCCAGCUUGUUGAUCUAGAAACCCAGGCGUUUGGGCGGGAGGUGGCAACAGCAGGCGCUGAUACUCAGAGCUGGUGGUGGCUGGUAGGCGCUGGGCACCUCGGCUUCCCUGCUGGGCCCUGAGCUGCUCGUGCGAGAGCCCAGGUCCUGUCAUCGUGCUGAGUGUCUUGCCCUUGGAAGAUCCCCUCAGAAAGGAAAACUACAUGCAGCUUUGGGGACAGGAAGAGCUUGCCACUCAAACUGCAGUUCUGGGGCACUCAGAAAAACCCCAGACUUCACUGACAUGAAACCAGGAUGUGGUUGUAGGGCCAGGAAGCAACGAGGACUUGGGACCCAGCCCAGUGUUGAUUUUCCUUGUCUUGUGUCUGUCAUCCCCCACCCCGCGUUCUUCCUCGUCUCACGAUAAAAGCACCUUUGCUUGCAGACCCUCCCUCCAGCCCCAGAUCCUUUCCCAAACUCUCUCAUCUGAAUCACACCUCCACUCUCCCACGUGGGUGCAGGGCCCAAGGACUUGGGCCAUCCUCCACUGCUUUUCCAGGCACAUUAAGCAGGAAGUGGAUCAGAAGUGGAGCAUCCAGGGCUUGAACCAGUGCUCUCAUAUGGAAUGCCAGUGCCUAAAGCAGCAGUUUAACCUGCUGCACCAUAAUACUAGCCUCCUGUUUAUUUUUUUUUAAUUUUUUAAAUAUUUAUUUAUUUGAAAGUCAGAGUUACACAGAGAGGAGAGGCAGAGAGAGAGGUCUUCCAUCUGCUGGUUCACUUCCCAGUUAACUGCGACUGCUCCAGCUUCACGAUCUGAAGCCAGGAGCCAGGAACUAGAAACUUCCUCCAGGUGCAGGGGCUCAAGGACCUGGGCCAUGUUCCACUGCCUUCCCAGGCCACAGCAGAGAGCUGGAUCAGAAGUGAAGCAGUGGGGACCGUAACUGGUACCCACAUGGGAUGCCGGCACUGUAGGUGGCGACUUUACCCACUACACCACAGCGCCAGCCCCAAAAGAAUAGAUUUUUAACAUAAACAUUUAAAAAAGAUAAGUUGGUGAGGUGAAAGGUAUGCUAAUUAGCUUGAUUGGAUCUUUCUACAGUGUAUACAUAGAUUGGAACAGCGCAUUGUACCCCAUAAGCAUACACUAUUAUUGAGACGUUAGAGACACCAGUGGGCCUGCGCCAGGAGUACCAUUCAGGGUGAAAGCUUCCUGGCUUCAAUAAGCAGUCACUGUCUUGAUGGCCCAAGGGAGCCUGGUCAGGAACUGAUGCCGGUGCUUCAAGUUGGCCAUUGAGCUGAGUGGGCCAGUGAUCAGGAGGGACCGGAGUAGUGGCCAGGGAGACUCAUUGUACCCAAUUACUUGGACAAGCAAGUGCCUUAUACCAGCAUGCAAGAGAUAGACUGGGUCCUGAUGGAGAAGCGCUGCUGGGACGUUGUCUUAGGUCCCCUGAAACAGAUUCCCAUGAACCUCUUCAUGUAUAUUGCAGGCAAUGCUGUCUCCAUCAUCCCCCACAAUGCAGGUGUGUAUGAUGGACUGGCAACCCAUUCAGGCACUUAUGGCUAUUUCAGCCACUUUCAAGAUACUAGAAAGUUGGCCGGUGCCGCAGCUCACUUGGCUGAUCCUCUGCCUGUGGCGCCGGCAUCCCAUAUGGCCGCCGGUUCCAGUCCCAGCUGCUCCUCUUCCAGUCCAGCUCUCUGCUGUGGCCCGGGAAGGCAGCAGAGGAUGGCCCAAGUGCUUGGGCCCUGCACCCGCGUGGGAGACCAGGAGGAAGCACCUGGCCCCUGGCAGCCUCCUGUUCAUAACUGCAUGUACCAUAUGUAUCUCAUCAGUCCCCUACCAACGGAUAUUCAGGCUAUUUCCAGCCUUUUCUCAGAAGCAGUGCUGCCGUCCCUCCCCCUGUACCUGCCAUGUUUGUGCACGUUUGCACAGAAAGUCCCUAGCAGUGAAGUCACUGUGGUGGAGAGAGCUGAUACAGAAACAAAGGAUACAAACGCGGCCAAGGCCAUGAAGGAGGGGAAGGCGUGCAAAGAGAAGACAACCACGGGCAAAAUCACACCAGUGGGUCAGGGAAGGCUGACCCAGGACAGGCUGCUGCUGAACCAGAGACUGAGCAGGAGGUGGGCCCAUGCCUCUUGUUGCAGCCAAAGACCAGCAGCUGGGAGUCCAGGGGAGGCCCUUGUUCCCUUGUGUGUCCUGAGACAGCCCUCCAUGUUUCCUGAGACCUUGCCUUGCCUCUCUGGCCCUGGAAGUGUUCCCUUCCAUGGGUGUGGUUUGCCUGAUGCUUUACAGGUUCACUUAGCUCAGAGGGUCCUUCACAGCCGCUCUGCAGGAAGGCAGGGAAACAGGUGGGCUCAGGAGAGACAGCUGGUUUGCCAGGCACAGCCAGUGGUAGCAAGCAGAGAGCCACAACUAGAAUUCAGUUCUUACUCCACCGACUCGAGUUUCCAUUCAGCAAGCAGUUAUUGAGCACGGCACGCAGCAGGCACUAGACAAAGUUUGUUUCACUUCAGUAAUAAUGAGUCUUCCAGCGUUCAGAACAACGAAAUCUUUUCUGUUUGUGGGCUCAUUUCACCUCCCUAACAGCCCGGAGUGGUCAGCAGGGACCUGCAGCACAGGCGUGUCUCGAUGCCUGGAUAGAGAGGCCUUCUUAAGAUGGCAGGGACUCGGGCCUCUCCCCGGAGACCGACUGCUCGGAACUGCCGUUUUGUAAGGCGACCCACACGGCACUGGCCCUCUGCUUUUUCUUUUUGGACAUGAAGACGAGGACAGGCAAAAUCUUACAGUGUGCCAAACUCAGGGCUGCACACAAACACAACACACAAACACAGGGACCGGUGCUAAGGGUGGGCAGCCCCGGCUCCUCAGCCCCAGUGGCACCUCCACUGUCCCCGAGUCUCCGGAGUACGCUCGGGACGUGUGUCCUUCCGUGUGACAUGUUGCUAAAUGGAGACACUGGCUUGCAGGGGAGCACAGACUCUCAGGAGGGCAGCCGGACACAGGAAGAGUUGCCUUUUCCUUGCAGUGGCAGCUUUGAGCACCGCAGAGCCCGAGAAGGGCUCAGCUGUCACCUUGCCCAGGACUCACAGCAGGAGACGGGCCCUCCAGCGUGGGGCGGCCACAGAGAAACAAGCUGCUCGGAGAAGCCAGGGGUUGCCUCAGGUGCUGUCGCUGUGCUGCUCCACCGCCUCCUGCUCCUGCCAUCCCGUCUCACCCCAGCACUCCAUUUUGUUCCCUAUGU